ACGAGGCCUUUUGGGAAGGAUAUCUGAUGACUCGAUAUUUGCAUAUGUUUUCCCCUUAGUUUCUUGAUCUUUUAAGCUUGCAUUAUUGCUUCUUUGGCCUAUUUUACGCUAGUUUGUGUUCAUUUGUCACAUUUCAGGUCCUAGAACAUAAAGUGAAGCAUAGGCGCAAGUUUCAAGUCAAUCAGAGAUCAAUUGGCGAUUAGGGAGAAGAAACUCGGGCAUGACCUAAAGAAUAAUGGAUUUAUACCUCACUUUAUGGACAAAUAAUCAUGAAAUCUUGUCAUUAAAAGAAAGAGGACGAGACUACGAGCGUCUGGGAUCAAACGGCGACUGAUUCGGAGUCCGGACGAGGGAGAAACGAAGCAUUGAAUGUAGGGGAACAGGUUCGGCAGUAAAAAUACGGGCGCACCUAAAUCAAAACACGGCCGUGCCCAUAUUUAGACACGACCGUGUUUUGGCCGACGCGCUCGGUCGUGUUUUUAACACGGGGCAAAACACGGGCGGGCAAAAGUAGAACACGGCCGUGUCCUCGACAGUGUUUUGCCCAGAAUUGGGUUUUUUAGGCAGAUUGAAGCCAAAGGAAAGGGAGAGCUGGGUUUUGGAUCCCAAACACCCAAGGGACAAACCCUAGAGAGAGAGCGACUUGGGAACAUUCUUGGAGCUAUUUUGGAGGAUUUCUUUGCCAUUGGAGCUUGGGAAUCAAGCUUGGAGAUGGAGAUUGAAGAUCUAGAUCAGAUUUCUGCAGUCUCUCUCUUCUCUAUGGAGUAAUUUCCCUUCACUUAGGUUUUGAGGAACCCUAGCUAUAUUUGUUUGAUUAGAUGAUUGUAUGAAUACUCUGACUUGAUAAUCUUGAGUUCAUAUUUAAUCUAUGCAUGUUUUCAUGAUUCAAUUCUGCUUUAGUCGAGAUUAUUGAUUCUGCUUUGAUCCUAUGAGAGCGAAUACCUGAUUAGGUCAAUAGAGCACCAUAGAUUGAUAGUAGUGGAUCGAUUGCUUUAAUCGAGGGUUGAUUCACUGCUUUGUAUCGAUUGAGAACUUCAUUCGAUAGAGGGGAUCUAGUUCAGAACGCCUUGAUCAAUUGUUCUAGAGAAGGAUACGUCCCUCUAGGCAAUUGACUCAAGAGGGCCUUGUUCCUUUAGUCGAGACUCAAGGUCUAGUCAAGGAUUCUCCGCAUUGUGAAUGAAAGUGAAAUAGGCUAGAGAUCAUCAAUCAUUAAUCUGGCUAGUGGCUAGGGGGAAUCAUACCUAAGUGAGUUCCCAACCUGUAAUUAGAUUAACUUUAACUGUAGUUUGCUAGAGUAGUUUUAGUUCUUUCAUCUUAAUCUGGUUUGCUAAAUAAUAAACUGAAGCUGAGUAAUAGUAACUCUAGAGACCCGUGGAUUCGAUAUUUAUCACUUUAGCCACUAUACUGCAGUCCCUUUCAUUGGUUACACUUGGCCUUUGUUAGGAGUUGCGUCAUAGCGAGUCAAUAUCCAAGCGUAAAAUCGUGCGGGCUUUGCCCAAAGCGGACAAUAUCGUACUAAUUGAGCUGGGCAUAUCAAGGAGGAGAAGGCUAUGAAUUCGGGUGGUAUUACCCCGAGACUCCCUGGAGAAAUCAAGGAGGAGAAGACUAUGGAUUCGGGUUCCAGUACCAACCCCCUUAUAACGGAGAAGGACCGGACCCCUGGGCAUAUCAAGAACAACCUCAUUACCAAGAAGAAUUUCUCUGACAACCAGAAGGGUCAUCGACGCUGGAGUUACCCAUGGCGGCCUUCAUGGGCCAUUCUGCAGAGCCAUGCUACACUCUACAGCCAGAUUCAAACUAUGAAUUGAGGCUUCUCAUGGAACAGUUUGCCCGAGACAGUGAGAGAACAUGCUCCAGGAUGGAUCAUUGUGUCCAGGCCUAUCGUGAAACAGAGGAGAUCCUCCUGAGCCUUAAGAAGAGCGUCGAUGAUCUUGAGCGAUCUUGUUCACAACCUGCUCUCGAUCACCCUUCUGCUACCAUACUAGAAGAGGAGGAGGAAGAAGAAGGCUACAAGGACAUUAUGGAGCACACUAAAGUUGUCACUGAGAGCUCCCGUGAUGAUCAUGAUCAUGAAUGUCCUGUCAUAGCCGACCACACCUUCCCACAUCCUAAACUGCGCUUUGAAGAGGCGGGCAUGAGUGAGGAGAUGCAAGAAGAUAUCAUGAAAGAAAUUGCUUGGCUGCUUGCUCUCCAAUCCGUGCUAGAAGAAGAAGAGCGAGAAAGGGUGCAGAAAGAAGUUGUGGAGGAUAACGAAAGUGAAGCAGAAGGAUUUCUUGAUCAUUUCCCAGGGGUGAUAUCACAUGAAGAAGAAAGGGAGGUUGAAGAAGCAAUUGGAGUCCAGGCUGAGGAAGGACUUAAGGUGGAAGAGGCCUGCACCAGCCAUGAGUUACAUGUGAUAUCUCCACCAGACUUCGAGGAACUGCUUAGCAAGGACCCAUUUGCAGUGUCUCUUUGCCAGACCAAGGACACAUCAACAUCGGUCCCUCUUGGUGGAGGCGAUGGUGUCCAAUCGAUGUUGUCAUAUCUGGUUCGGGGCAAUGAGACGAGAGAAGAGAGGAAGAGGUCUCGAGGGUGGAGACUUCAUCUGCAUCAAGUGCACGAGCUUCCAUCACCUGUCAUACCACAUGCUCGUGACUUGAGACUCCACCUCAUUGACGAGAACCUCAACUUCAAGGAGGUUUUGGGGUGGACCGAAACUUAGGAGUCAUCGUCCGGCUCACGACGUGAAAGAAGCGCUUGUUGGGAGGAAACCCAACCAGUCGGUUUGCAUUUCUUUCCCUAUUUCUCUUCGGCUGAGUCAGUUUUGUUCUUUUAUUUUAGAGUCAAUAACUCAACCUUUGUGAGAUUUUAUGUGGUGUUUGUGUUCUGACUACUCUCUCUUCCUGGAAUGCACCGCCUGCCCCGUCCACCAUCAUUCACCCUUGAUAUGGUAACUUCGUUCUACCCUCCUUAUCUUUCCUCCACUAAGGACAAUGUCGUGCUUAAGUGUGGGGGGGGGGGGGGGUGUUCGAUUAUGUAUGCGUGUGAAUGUUUGACUAUUUGUGUGCUUGGAGCCUAGUCCACUGUCCAAAUUUCAAUUUGAGGGCUCCAACUACGUGCUUCUUGCAAUUUCCUACUCAGUAUGCUUUGAAUUGACAGUCUCUAUAGUAAUGUGCAACCUAGGGAGGUAGUGUAGCACUAUGGAGGAUGUUGAUGCAUUUAAGAAGUCUCGUUUCUUCUUCAUAUUGUGUUGGUUGAUUGUGUGAAUUAGUGAUCUUAGGACCCUUGAAUUGUGUGGUGAUGUGGACUCUCUACCUGCCAUGGACUAUUGUAUCAUGUUUUGAAAUAAAAGGUGCUAAAAAUGUGCUUUAAAAUAACGUCUCUCGUGCGAAUAGGGUGAAAGUGUGUAAGGGGAGACAGGAAUAUGUUCCCAAUUUCCACCUACUACCUCCAGCCCCCUUACAUAUCUUUCCCCCGCACGAGGCUCGAGACAUCCGCUCCUGGUAUGGCCGGUAAGAGUCGGGCUCCCGUAAAACCUCUGCUAGGUGGGAGCCCCCAUUUUUUUUUGAAAAACAGGUUGGAACCCUUGAAAAGAAAAUUGAAAAAAAUAGAAAAACAAGAAAUAAGAAAGAAAAUGGGUCCCAACCAUCUUCAAGAAGAAAAUAGAGCACCUUAAAAAUACGAUUCCAUGAUCUUUUGUUUUUGAGAGUCCAUUCGUCCACGAUUCAUUUGUCCUCUGAAUACUAUUUGCCAUGAUGCCGACUCGAGACUAGCGUUCUCGCCGAAGAAGCUAUGAGAUGACUUGUGCGUCGGUUGACCUCGUAAGCUGCUAAAUGAUCUAGAAAAUCCCCUAUCAACGAUCGAGGGUGCAUGUUGCUAUAGCGGUCUGGAGAGCUGCAUUGGUUUGAGUCAGGUUUGCUUGGGGACAAGCAAAAGGUUAAGUAUGGGGGGAUUUGAUGAAUCGAUAUUUGCAUAUGUUUUCCCCUUAGUUUCUUGAUCUUUUAAGCUUGCAUUAUUGCUUCUUUGGACUAUUUUACGCUAGGUUGGUUCAUUUGUCACAUUUUAGGUCCUAGCACAUAAAGUGAAGCAUAGGCGCAAGUUUCAAGUCAAUCAGAGAUCAAUUGGCGAUUAGGGAGAAGAAACUCGGGCAUGACCUAAAGAAGAAUGGAUUUCUACCUCACUUUAUGGACAAAGAAUCAUGCAAUAUUGUCAUUAAAAGAAAGAGGGCGAGACUACGAGCGUCUGGGAUCAAACGGCGACUGAUUCGGAGUCCGGACGAGGGAGAAACGAAGCAUUGAAUAUAGGGGAACAGGUUUGGCAGUAAAAACACGGGCGCGCCUAAAUCAAAACACGGUCGUGCCCAAAUUUAGGCACGACCGUGUUUUGGCCGACGAGCGCGGGCGUGUUUUUAACACGGGGCAAAACACGGGCGGGCAAAAGCAAAACACGAUCGUGUCCUCGACAGUGUUUUGCCCAGAAUCGGGUUUUUUAGGCAGAUUGAAGCCAAAGGAAAGGGAGAGCUGGGUUUUGGAUCCCAAACACCCAAGGGACGAACCUUAGAGAGAGAGAGAGAGAGACUUGGGAACAUUCUUGGAGCUAUUUUGGAGGAUUUCUUCGCCAUUGGAGCUCGGGAAUCAAGCUUGGAGAUGGAGAUUGAAGAUCUAGAUAAGAUUUCUGCAGUCUCUCUCUUCUCUAUGGAGUAACUUCCCUUCACUUAGGUUUUGAGGAACCCUAGAUAAGUUUGUUUGAUUAGAUGAUUGUAUGAGUACUCUGACUUGAUAAUCUUGAGUUCAUAUUUAAUCUAUGCAUGUUUUCAUUAUUCAAUUCUGCUUUAGUCUAGAUUAUUGAUUCUGCUUUGAUCCUAUGAGAGCGAAUACCUGAUUAGGUCAAUAGAGCACCAUAGAUUGAUAGUAGUGGAUUGAUUACUUUAGUCGAGGGUUGAUUCACUGCUUUGUAUCGAUUGAGAACCUCAUUCGAUAGAGGGGAUCUAGUUCAGAACGCCUUGAUCGGUUGUUCUAGAGAAGGAUACGUCCCUCUAGGCAAAUGACUCAAGAGGGCCUUGUUCCUUUAGUCGAGACUCAAGGUCUAGUCAAGGAUUCUCCGCAUUGUGAAUGAAAGUGAAACAGGCUAGAGAUCAUCAAUCAUUAAUCUGGCUAGUGGCUAGGGGGAAUAAUACCUAAGUGAGUUCCCAACCUGUAAUUAGAUUAACUUUAACUGUAGUUUGCUAGAGUAGUUUUAGUUCUUUCAUCUUAAUCUGGUUUGCUAAAUAAUAAACUAAAGCUGAGUAAUAGUAACUCUAGAGACCGUGGAUUCGAUAUUUAUCACUUGAGCCACUAUAUUGCAGUCCCUUUCAUUGGUUACACUUGGCCUUUGUUAGGAGUUGCGUCAUAGCGAGUCAAUAUCCAAGCGUAAAAUCGUGCGGGCUUUGCCCAAAGCGGACAAUAUCGUACUAAUUGAGCUCUCCGAUUAUGAAAGUGGUAUCAGAGUCUGGUUCGGCGAAUCUGAGGCGCUUGACCUCAAUUUGGUGGGGCCCUCAUUUAUUGGACCUCAGGAAAUACGAUUCGCGUCUGUUUGGCGGAUCAAAAAUAGUUCUACGUCUGGGCUACAUCUAGUUUGGCAUAUCAAAGAGAGUUAUGCAUAUGGGAAAAGUCCUUGUAACGAGAAGCCCAUCGGUACAAGGUGUCUGGCGGAUCAAGAUAAUCGCUGAGAAAAUGACACAAAGUUCGUGGUCCUUGUCUUGAGGGGAGGAUUGUUAUGGGACAAUCCAAGUACCACAUCGAAAAUACAAGGGAAGGAACCCUUGUAUAUUAGUUAUCAUCUAGCCCAAUUAGUACGAUAGCUUUUGGGGAGGACACCCAAGAGUAAAACCAUGUGGGCUUAGAACAAAGCGGACAAUACCGUACUAAUGAGCGACCGGGUUGUACAAGUGGUAUAGAGCCUGGUUCCGGUUUGGGGUGGUGGAUGUCAGUUUGGUGGGAUCCUCAUUCAGGGGACCUCGGGAUUUGAGAUUUGCGUCUGGUUUGGUGGAUCCAAGAGAGAUCCAUCUCUGUUUGGCGGAUCAAAGAGAGUUCCGCGUCUGGGAAAAUCCUUGUACCGAGUAGCCAUCGAUACAAGGUUUUCAGCGGAUCAAAAUAAUCGGUGAGAAGAGGACAUGAAGUUCAUGGUCCAUGUCUUGAGAGGAGGAUUGUUAUGGGACAAUCCAAGUACACAUCGGUAAUACAAGGGAAGGGACCAUUGUAUAUUAGUGUCCACCUAACCUAAUUAGUAGAGGCCUUUUUGGUGAGAACAUCCAAGAGUAAAACCGUGCAGGCUUGGCCCAAUCGAACAAUAAUGUACUAAUUGAGCUGCACAAUUUCGAUAGUUUUCACUGACACGAUCAAACAUGUCGUAUAUAGUAUGGAUGGACAAUUCCUUCGUCAAAGGUUGCAAUCAGCAGCUCGAUACUCCAUCGGUCACAACUUCAAUUCCCUGCCAACAUUGGGCUGCCCUUUGGAAAAUGCAUGCCAUCUCCAGAUCUCCCCAGAUUUGUUUAAUUAUGCAAAUACAAAUCAAUUUCCACCAUCGACGAGUCUAUUUUUAUAAACUGACUGAUCGCUACUUGCCAUUACAUCAGAAUAAGAGGAGGAAGUAGUGGAAACCCUAAAAUGAUGGCCAAGAAUACAAGGGGGGCAGAAAAAGCAUAUACUAUUCUGAUCGUGGCUAAUGAUUAAAGUUAAGCUAGCAUGAAUAUUCUUAUCUUUUUAUUUAUUUUUUAUGUCCUUUUUGUUAUUGCCACAUUUUCUUUUUAUUUUAAUUACUCCCCCACAAUUUCUGCUCUUUUGUCCCACUCAAAUGCACAAUCAUCUCUUAAUUAUAUCUUUAAAAAAGUACCCGUAAAAAAUAUAUUAAAAAAGCAGUAAUUGCAAUUGUCAUAAUUAGUUCACUUCCCUAAAAUAUAUUGAUGUCUUGUAUCCAAGGUUGUCAAUCCGCAGGCUGAUCCGGACCCGAUCGAGCUAGUAGGUCAAGGGUUAAUGGGUCACCCGUUUUAGUCCGGUUUAGCCCGGAAAUAUGGAAAGAGUCAUUCUACUUAUCCUGAUAAAUUAUAUCAAAUCUCAUCUAACAUAUGAGUCUAUAACUUAUAACAUAUAAUAUUCCACCAAAAUAACAUGUCGUACUUAGAUCCAACAUAUAGUGAAAAUUCGCACACACUUAUAUAACAUCAAUAUUCAAAUGUUCAACUUAGAAUUCCAAAGAUUGAGUUAGGAGAAAGAAGAAUCGAAAAAUAGACGUAUUUCGCAAACCAAAGAAAAAAAUGACACAAUUUGACCUCCAACCCGUUACCUUGUAGUGGUCGACCCGGCGGGUGCAUGCGGCCCGUUUUUACCACCGUUUUUAUCACCCAGCCUUCCUCUGGAUCCGUAGUUACUAUAGUCUUAUGAAAUUUUUGAUUUUAGACAUUCGAGUCAGUGUUAUUCUAUGAUAAGAUUGGGUUUAACUAGAAAAAAUAUCAAGUUGAACAUAUUCAAAUCACUACUUUAAAUUUAGCCUAGAAAUUUUAGCCCCAAAGAUUAUGCGUAUAAAAAAAUAAUGAAACCAAAAAUUCUAAAAAGUUUAAAACGUAAAAGACUAAAAGAAAUAUCAGGUUUGUUCCCUUAAAAAUUUACUAGAGCAGCUGUUGUGCAGGGAUGGACACACAAUGCAAAUUGAUUAGUCGAUUGAUUUAUCUAAUGUUGAUGCUGCUCGUUUCAACAGCUACUACGAAGAGAACCUUUUCAACAAUGAAACAUGUGAUAACUGAUUUGCUCAAAAAAAUGAGCGAUGAAUUUCUCGUCGAUUGCUCAAGUAUUUUAUUUGAAACAGUGUAUACUAUUGGUAUGGAUGUAGACUCCAUUAUUGAUGCAUUCCCUAAAUUAAAAUACAGUCGUGUACCAUUUACAUUGCAAAAAACUAUAAUCAUUAUAUUUUUUUACGGUUCUAAUUUUCUAAUGAAAUGCGGCCCAGUGCUCUUCUAUGUUCUGGAUCCGCUGCUGGUUGACUACAUUGCUUGUAUCAUACAAGAAUUUACGUGGAAGAUAUAUUCCGCUUUAUUUCGCAAAUCAUGACGAAUGUAUCUUUUACAGGUACUAAAUGGAGUUUACAAAGCCAUUAAUUCUACUCUGCUACAGUGCUACGUCCUCUAAUGCAAAUACAAAAGCAUGUUGUUUCGUGGUAAAAAGGAUGAUGGCUCGUCUAAAGUUGGGUUAGACGAAUCCUUUGACUUUCACUGCACUUGGCUAUCAAUUAUAACGUACGCCUCGCCAGAUGCAGUUUGUUAGGUGACCAAGGCCAACUCCACACAAUCAACCCAAACUGUAAUUAAACAUGAAAAUACAGAAUAAAAUGUGAAAUGUUCACAUGUAUUAUUAGAUUUUUUUUGGGUGAACUUGGAGAUUUGUGAAAUACGUGAUACCAUUACCAUAUGUACCAUGACAAUACUUUAAUUUCAUACUAAAAUGAAAUAAAAUAAAAUGUAAGUGCUAUAAUAUGUAUUUAAAAUUUGAUAGACAGAAUACACGGAUACCAAACUGCACUAUAAAGGGCAAUUAAAGGCCAGAGGUAAAGGGUCCGUCAUGAUGAUGAUCAUAUAUGUGCAUCUCCACAAGUCAAAUGGAGUGUAAUUGCAAGUACCCUUUUCGAUAGUAUUAAUCUUAACAAUUAUUAUUUUUUAUGAUAAAAAAAGCGCAGUGGGGGAAGGGUGGGAGAAAAGCAAUCAUAACCUUGAAGAAAGUAGCUCGAGCACAGCAGCAGCAGCAGGAUGUGUGAAGAAAGCAAAGUCUUAUCAGAAUUCCAGGCGGGUGUGUUUUCCUUUGCUGAAUAGGAAAAGGAAUGAAUGAUAAUGAUGGCGCGGGAAGUUGGGAACAGUGAAUGCAAAUUGAAUAUUAAGCCAUUAACGCAGACCCAGAUAAUCAAUUUUUAAUAACAACUUCAUUCUACUGAUUAACUUUCAGAUUAGGGAUAGGAAUAUUUAGGGAACGGUGACCAUGCAAAAGAAAGAGGGCCGGCAGGACAGGAGGAUAUUUGUUAUUGUAUUGGUUUUAGGGUUUCUGAACCCCAUUUCCCUUUUCUUCUUUCCAUUCUCAUGAGCAGAGUGGGUUUCUGAACUCUGAGCAAUGGCCGGCGUGCCUGUGCAUCUGCUAUUUGUUCAUAAAUAAAUAGGUGAUUAGGGGUACCAAAUUGGAAGAAGAUUUAUCAUAUUUAUCGUUUUUAAUUAAAGUGUCAUUGAAGUUAUUAUACUAGAUUAUAAGUUAUUAUACUAGACUAGUGUAAUAAUUGAAUUGAGGUAACUAAACAAUCAUAAAGACUUACAAAUAAGAACUUGAUGUACCGACGAAGGAGGAAAAACUGAUGUUUCUUUUGCCUUGUCUGCGAUUAUAGAGUUUCAACGUUCUUCCAACGAAAGUUGAUCACGAGUUUGAAGAUUGAGGGUUAUGACUCAUGAGGAUUCAGAAAUAAAGCCUUUUCAAUCGAAAACUCUAAUAGCUUGGGAUGAAUUAGUUGGUUAAAAUAACCGAAGUUGUUGGGUGAAAGACCAAAUUUUUGUUAUUAUACCAUUCCCUUGGAUGCUAAUGUACAAUACAUUUGAUCUUUAGGAAUUAGUGGUUGGUUAAUAGUAUACAAUACAUUAUUGAGCCUCUCUAAAAACUCCAACGAUUGAUACCAACUAAUUCUUUAUAUUGUAUCAACCAUUUAUAUGUUGAUUGAGAGUUUUCAUGUUCGAAUUGCGACCACCAUCAAUAUUAACAGUUGAUGAUUUAUGUAAAUAACAUAGUUAACGAAACUUGAAAUUCAUAUGUUAAUAACUUUCAUUUCAAUUAAUAUCAUAAAGAUAGAUAACAUUUAUUACUAAAUCUUUUUCGAUAAAUCAUAAUUAUUGAAACUAACUACUGAUAGAAAAUAGAAAUUGUGGAAAAUGGCAUAAAUUUCACUAAUCUUUAUGGGAUAAAUCAUAAACGUGAGUACCCCAAAGAUAAAAUCACGUGGCUUCUACAGUGCAUUCACUCAACUCUAAAAGUAGUAUUAAGACAUCAGAUUUUGGAUUGUAAUUGUAGCAUAAGGUCACAACUAACCAAUGCAUUACUCUAGACCUUCAAUUUUGACCUCUAACUGUAAAUUCCGAAUUAUAAACCCUACACCCUAACCCUUAAUAGCCAAAGACUAAAUCUUACAAAUGAAAGUAAAUCUUGAAAGAUUUUGGUGCUAAUUCAUGCACUUUCUUGUCCAUCAUAUCAGACGUAAUGAUUGAUAUUGUUUUGACAUGAAACGCUUGCUUAUAGUGAGGAUUACGAGGCAAGUGCAUUGAAUGAACCCAUAAAUGUGAUUACACCGAAUACAAUAAACUACUCCCUUAUAUAUAUACUUUACAUAAAUUUGUUAGGUUGUAUGAAAAUUUACAAAGAAAGUGAAAAUGAAAAGAUGAAAGGUGUACAACAAGGUUGUCAACUCGCAAGUCAACUUGUUGGUAGACCUAUUUUGACCCUGAUCCGUUGAGAAAUACGGAUCGUAUGCAAGGUUAUCUAGUUGGAGGUCACAUACCGUCGUUUUUCCCUUUGCUUUGCGAAAUAGGUUUUUUUAUGGUUUUCCUCUUCGCCUAACUCUAUUUUUGGAAUUCUAGGUUCAACAUUUGAAUAUUGAUGUUAUAUAAGUGUGUGUGAAUCUUCACUAUAUUUUGGAUUCAAGUACGAUAUGUUAUUUUAGUGUAAUGUUAUAUGUAAUUACUCAUAUGAUAGAUGAAAUUUGAUAUAAUUUACAAAUGUAUGAACAAUAUAAUUUUUUUUUCCAUAUAUUCGGACUAAAUCGGCUUAAAGUGAUCAGACCAUUAAUUCUCAACCCACUUUCUUGACCAGCCAACGCCAUAUAUCGGGUUGACAAUCUUGGUGUACAACCAAUAUAAAUACGUGGAACAAAUAAAUACAUAAACCUCCUUUGUACGUUACUAAAAUUUAACUGGAAGAUGUGUUGACAUGCAUAAAUUCAGCGGUCGAGAAGUAGUUACAGAAGAGAGGAAGAGCUAGCCCAUGAUCGUGUGGAAAAGGGUUUUGGAAUUGCUGAGGAGAGGGACAUGCAAAAGCAAAACUGGGGAAGAGAAAGUGGGUGAGAAAAAGGCCCUGAAAAGAAAAGGGCAACUGGUUGGGUGCACAGAAAGUUGGCUCCCUUUUCGACUUGCAUACCAGAAUGAUGAGCUCUGCCAUUAGAGAGAGAAAAAAAGGAGACGUGAAUUCAAAUAUACGUACACACACCCACCACCCACAACUCCCCAUGUCACUGACUACACUAUUUUACCCAUUUCAUCACAUUAUUAAUCAAGUACAACUGAACCCUGAAUAUGUUCGAAAAUGCUACAACCAAGUUUCAUAUUUCGAUAGAAAUUGUUGGAUACGUCUCCUUCUAUGCUAGAUAUAUUUUCAUCGAAUGAGAUGAUGUCGUAUUAGAAGUCUAAUGAUUUAUUAUAUUGACAAUUAAUUUGAAUAUACGAUGAGAUAAUUU